GACCCAUGGAUCUCCUGGGCGCUGCCAAGCCACAACGGCCGUGGCGCCGCUGUCUGGCCGGGCUGCUGUUUCAGCUGCUGGUGGCUGUGUGUUUCUUCUCCUACCUGCGUGUGUCCCGAGACGAUGCCACUGGAUCCCCUAGGCCAGGGCUCAUGGCAGUGGAACCUGUCACUGGGGCUCCCAAUGGGUCCCGCUGCCAGCAUAGCAUGGCAACCCCUGCCCGCCCCACCCUCCUGAUCCUGCUGUGGACGUGGCCUUUUAACACACCCAUGGCUCUGCCCCGCUGCUCAGAGAUGGUGCCCGGCGCGGCUGACUGCAACAUCACUGCUGACUCCAAUGUGUACCCACAGGCAGACGCGGUCAUCAUGCACCACUGGGAUAUCAUGCACACCCCCGGUGCCAACCUCCUGCCCCCGACCAGGCCGCAGGGGCAGCGCUGGAUCUGGUUCAGCAUGGAGUCCCCCAGCAAUUGCCAGCACCUGGAAGCCCUGGACGGAUACUUCAAUCUCACCAUGUCCUACCGCAGCGACUCCGACAUCUUCACACCCUACGGCUGGCUGGAGCCAUGGUCCGGCCAGCCUGCCCACCCACCGCUCAACCUCUCGGCCAAGACCGAGCUGGUGGCCUGGGCAGUGUCCAGCUGGAAGCCGGACUCGGCCAGGGUGCGCUACUACCAGAGCCUGCAGGCCCAUCUCAAGGUGGAUGUGUACGGGCGUUCCCACAAGCCCCUGCCCCAGGGGACCAUGAUGGAGACGCUGUCCCGGUACAAGUUCUACCUGGCCUUCGAGAACUCCUUGCACCCUGACUACAUCACUGAGAAGCUGUGGAAGAACGCCCUGGAGGCCUGGGCCGUGCCCGUGGUGCUGGGCCCCAGCAGAAGCAACUACGAGAGGUUCCUGCCGCCCGACGCCUUCAUCCACGUGGACGACUUCCAGAGCCCCAAGGACCUGGCCCGGUACCUGCAGGAGCUGGACAAGGACCACGCCCGCUACCUGAGCUACUUUCGCUGGCGGGAGACGCUGCGGCCUCGCUUCUUCAGCUGGGCACUGGAUUUCUGCAAGGCCUGCUGGAAACUGCAGCAGGAAUCCAGGUACCAGACGGUGCGCAGCAUAGCAGCUUGGUUCAACUGAGAGGCUGGUGUGGGGCCUGGGCUGCCGGGAACCUCAUUUUCCUGGAGCCUCACCUGUCUGGGGGCCUCAUCUACCUAAAGACUCGCUUGCCUGAAGCUUCACCUGCCUGGGACGGU